AUGGCCAGUCCGAUUCAGCAAGUGCCCUCAGAGGCUGGUGUUGGAGCCGAAGCGUUCGAGAAUUCCACAACGACUGCACCAGUGACACUACCGGACGAUAGCGACGCAGCAGCACAGCUCAUACCCGAACUAGAUGACUAUGGGAUGACGACUUCGUCCUCUGCAAGGCUCGAUAACAAUGGCAAUGACACCACUGAGGCUUGUGGCGACAAGAAAAUACCCGAGCUGGACGAUCGGUCGCGGGUGUUGAGCAAAAUCAAAAGCCUUCAAGACGAAUUGCUCAAGAUAGAGAAAGGAGCCCGCCAAGAGCACAGUCUCGAGGAUCUCGAAAGGCAAUGGGACAGCGAGCUUGAGCGAGUUGGAGGUGACACGGAGGAGCGAAAUUGGGCACGGAUUCAGGGAAUGAAAGCUCAAAGCUUCAUGAAGGACACCGCAGCUUUUGCUUUUGGCAGAGAAUGGAUGCAUGAGUCGGAGGAUAGCUUCAUUCGGUAUAUGAUGGAGCGGGAAGAGUUCGACAAACAGCUCACUCAACGCAGAGCGCAGUGGGAAGCAAAAAGGGGGGUCACUCGGCCAAAGAUCGACGAAUCGCUGCAAGAAGGUCCUCGCCGCCCACUCACUUUCCCGCAAAUCUUUGACCCAUUGAGUCCAGAGGCGAGGUUCAACGAGACAGAUAUGGCCCAAGGCUACGAUUUAAAAGAACGCCAUCUUAGAUUCCAAAUCCACGACGUUGUUCGCAAUCGACACACUGCAUUCAUGUCAUGGAAACAGGGCAUGCAAAAUUUGCCAGAGCCGCCGAAGGAGCGAGAUCCCAAACUGAAAGACUUGUGGCCCAGAGCUGUUGCCGACUACGUCCAAUGGGAAUCUUUCAGAUAUGGCUCUCCGCACACAGCCUUUAACAGCGAAGAGAAACAGCAUCUCUGUGCCCUGGUCGUGUUAGAUGGGGAACCCGAUCCGAAGUUCCUCCACCCGCGAUUAAUCUACGAUCUUGAAAAACGCGCAGUGCAGAAUAACAGCAAAGGUUUAUCUCGCUCUGUUCCCAGGCUUGCGCAAGGACUUGUACCAGAGCACGUACGACUCAACGGCCCACAGUUCACCGAAACCUUCAGGGUGUUGGAUUCGCCGGCGUUUGGCGUUCCUUUCUCGCGGCCGCAGAUGGCUCUGUUGCAGCCAUAUCGCUUGCUAAUAUACCACGAGCAAGACAUCAGAGAUCGGUAUGAGACCCUGAAAGAUAAAUUUGGGACGCCCAGAGAUCACACGGCGGUGCUCACUGGAAGUUCCACACAGUCACCAAAGCAGCAUGACACAGAGCAGGAUGGCAACGAGCAAGAAGUACCUUUAACUCCUGAUGCAGUCGUGAGAGCAUCUCAUAAGAGGGAUUUGGGUGCAGAGCCUGGCUAUAAGGACCGCGAUUCACCUCAGCAUGAAGGACAGCAUGAAGGAAAAGAAGGACUACAAGACGAACCGGAGAACAAUACCAGCGAAGAAAAGAACGAGUUCCCUUUCGCCAAUUCAAAGACCGCAUUAGACUACUUGGGCUGUCUGCUUGAAUUCAUGGACUCGACCAUUUCAAUCAGGAGGAAAUAUGUCCAAGGCUCACAAUGUCGAAAGGUGCAUUUCAGAGAUUUAUGGUAUCUGUUCAGCCCCGGGGAUGAGGUUAUUAGACGUGACGGUCUGCAGGUGUACAGAGUUAUCGGAGUUACCAACCCUACACACAGAGAAUCAUCGAGGAAUGUGUUCUUCGAUUACGAUGAGAAGGACACAUCUAGGUACUUCCAGUUGUCCUGCUCCUACGUGGACUUCGAUGGAAAGAGGAUCGGCCCCGUAUCCACGACUUUCGUGAUCAAAACAUUCGCAGGGGAGAGAACGGUGGAAUCUCUGGAAGUCUAUCCCCUUCGGCUUCAUCGUCAUACAUCUACAGUGGCAAGCCAGAGUAGACAUCACAGCUCUCCACCAUCUGGUUCGGAGACACUUCGAGAGAAGUUGAUCAAAAGAGGAAAGAAAUUCUUUCAGGCUGCGUGUAUGAGCUUGGAACAUACCUUCUACGAUGGGCCGACAGUGGAUGGUGAAGAAAUUGAAAGCCAGGUCGUGGUUGACUUUGAAACGGCAUUGUCAUCUGAUAAGAGAUUUGACAAGGAGGACUCAGUUCCUCAGAUCAAAUCAUUGCUCGGCGAUACAGACGACGGCGACUCCACAUCCGCCUCGAGUGAGAUUGUGAUUCCAGAUUGUCUAGGGCCUUGUUGUGCCGGACAACGCGUUUGCAAUGACAGCUUUGUGGAUGUAAGACGCAAAGAAGAGUACAUCAACAGCCUCAUACCAAAGACCUACGCCAAGUUACCCUCUGUCGUCAUAUAUCCACGGCCGUUGGACGACACGACCGGAGACAACGCUCUGACAGACGAUGAGUUUCUCGUCAUGAGUUACCGCGUCUUCGCAUUUGUGCUGAGGACUCGUAAAUGGGAGGGCAUUGCAGAAAUGUUCAAGAAACCUCUUUUCACAAUCACAUGUGGCGACCUUGGAUCAACGGCUAGGGAGGUAGAGCAAGCAUUGGACCUUAACUUCAACCUUGCUAACAGAUGGGGAUGUAUCCUGCUUCUUGAUGAGGCAGAUGUGUUCUUAGCUUCACGAAAUGAGACUGAUUUCGAACGCAAUGGGCUCGUUGCAGUCUUCCUCAGGGUUCUUGAGUAUUACGCUGGAAUUCUGUUCCUCACGACGAAUCGUGUUGGAGUCAUUGACGAAGCCUUCCGCAGCCGGAUUCACAUCAGUCUAUACUAUCCACCCCUGGGCUAUGAUGAAACAAGAGCAGUAUUCCAGUUGAACUUGAAACUCAUCGAACAUCGCUUCAAAAAUGAAAAGAGAAACAUCAAGAUUGAACGGAAUGAGAUCCUUGACUAUUCCCUGGAAUAUUUCAGAACCAACGACAAGGCCAGGUGGAACGGUCGACAAAUUCGAAACGCCUGCCAGACAGCACUUGCCUUGGCCGAGUUCAAGGCACAAGGGGGAAAUCAUGAAAGAGUCUUGGAUCCAAACGCUGACGUAUGCCUUGCGGUGGAUAAUUUCAAGACUGUAUCGAAGGCUUACCUCGAGUUUACCAAGUACCUUAAGCAACUGUAUGGUAUUCAUGACGACGUCAGGGCGAAAGAACUCGGUCUUCGAGCACGUGAGACCAUUCGGCAACCUCAGGCUCAGUCGACGCACUCGGCGGUAUUCGGCGGUAACAUCACUCAGCCCGGUUCUAGCUAUGGUCAUGCGCAACACUACAACAGUGCUCCUCUCAAUCCUAUGCAGACAGUCCACGGCCAGUCUUACCAACCAGCCUCGAUGAUGGGAACAGUUCACAUGAACCCGAGUAUUGUCACACAGCAACCAGGACACCAGGCUGCAUACUAUAGCAACCCUGCGCAGGUCGCUCCCGCUGGUAACUUCAAUACUUAUGGGCCUUCGAGCCAAGCCCUGUCAGGCCAAAUACCACAGCAAGGCCAAGAAUUCGGGGGGAUGCAAUUCCAACCAGCUCCUGGCAAUAUCAACCAGCAAGCACAGCCAUGGCUGGUACCAGCGAGCCCACCAAACUCCGCUACCAUGCCUCCGCCACCCUCAGUGCCGGCUCAACAACAGUUUCCGUCCCAUGCACAGCAGAGUCCAGGCACAACACACCUCGGAAGUCAAGCACCCACGAGCCAGCCCUUCCAGGCUCAGCAGUCGAUGCCGACUCAGCAAACCAUGCAGCAACAGCAGCAGCAGCAACAAGUUCCUCAAACAUGGUAUCCCGGUAUGAACCUGCAGGGGCAGAAUCCGCCCGGGCCUUCGCCUCAAGAGAGAGGUUGA